UUCCAGGACCCGGUGGCUGCGCGACGAAGCCGGAGGCGCCGGGAGCCCUAUGCGCCGCCAUCAUGGGAGCCGAGAUCCCUGUCUGGGUGGGUGGUGUCCAGAAGUGGGUCACCGGCGUCGGUCGCAGAACCACGUGCGAGGAAGUGGUGCGCGCCCUGCUCGCGUCGAGCCGAUCGUCCCGAAAGUUCGCGGGAGUCUACCACGGCGCUGACCCUCAGCAGUACGCGCUGGUCGAGGUCUGCCCGAGGGGCAUAGAGCGUCGACUCGAGGGCGACUCGCGCAUCCUCAAGCUGUGGAACAGUGAGGACGACGUCAGGCUGAGCCUACGACGCGUCCGCUGCUGGUCUUCGACCACGUCUUCGCCCACGUCGGACUCGUGCGUCGCCGAGCCGCCGCGGCACCAUCACAGGCGCCGCCACCAUCACCACCACAGCCACCAUAGGAGAGCCCAGGCUUCAGGAGGCUCGAGUUCCACAACCACGACGUCGUCGAGUGCGUCGCCGCGUCUCCUACGCACGGUGCACCCGCGGAAGCUCUCCGCGAGCGUCGGGGCCCUCUCCUCUUCUCAGAACCAGCAGGAGCACGCCGUCCUGCAGAACGAAGAGCUCGCCGAGCUGGUGAAGAGGGUGAUCUGCCAGGGCGAGACCCUGGAGCGCCAGGCGGCACUGCUGGCGCGUCGCGACGCCGAGAUCGAGCACCACGAGGCCAAGAAGCACGCCAUGAGAGUGCGACAGAUGGGGCCCGACUACAUGCUGGACGGGUACCGACCGGAGGCCUCCGAAGAGGAAUCCCUGCAGACGUACCAGGCCACGCUCGAGGCUUACGACCGAGUCCUCCAGUUGUGCCGCCGCAUCACCGCCGAGGAGGAGAAGGUGCAGCGGCUGAGUGCCGAGCUGCGGCAGUGCACCUGGCAGCAGGAAGAGGAGAGGAGGCGCUCCCAGGAGCAACUGAACGCGGCGAGAGAGGAGCAGGAGAGGAUGGAGGAACUGUCGCGAUCGCAGGAGGAAGCGCUCGAACGAAACGAGCGCGCGCUCAGGGACUUGGACCACGUGCUGGAAGACAAGAAGAGGAUGGCGGUGCAGCUGGAAGAACAGCUGAGGCUAGUGGAGCUGGAGGAGGGAGAUAUGCUUGUCAGAAGAUGCCGACCCGUCGAACUCCCGGCGCCACCUAGGCCGGCAGUCAUGACACCGUUGAACGUGCCGGCGCCUGUCGUGGCCGCGGCGCCGUCAUUGGUGACGUCCUCUGCUCGGUGCUGUAUAGAUGCCCAGGACUCGAGCUCAGACACGGGCGUCAGCUCCAUGUAUAGUUUCGAGGAGGUCAGCCACGUCUUGGACACGCUUGUGUGACGACAGUGUGCAAGAACUGUGCUUAUUAAGCCUCUUUUUUUUCCUGCGUUGCGACGGAAACAAAAUUUUCACGUUAUUCUCUAGGGUCAUUCGUUUGUCCUUAACAGCAAGCUUGCAACUAUUGCAACUAUAGUAAGCACUUUCAACUAUAGUAAAACACUUCAAGUAUCACAAUUGCUGUUAGGCAUCUUUACUUACUCUUUCAACCAGCAGUCAUUGGUCUAAACAGAACACCAGCAUAGUUCGUUCACUCCGAGGUAUUUAUGCGUGUCCUUCCUAAUAUAUCUCUUUGUAUAGUAUGUUUCCGUUUCUUGGUUCCUAAUGAUUAGAAACAGCAGGAGAUGGCACUGCUAACAGUGCGCACGUAUAUUUCUAAAAACUGUCGUCUUCUUAAAAAGAAGUGCAUAGUCUGUUUUAAUCAUUGAACAAAUCAAUGCUCAAUGUCUGUACCUGUUGAGUGACCCCAUAGAAUAGCAUGAAAUUUGUUGAGUUGUUCAAAUGACCUCUGUUGUUAGAGUUACCACUCACAACUCUUAACGUAUGUUUCUUACGACUACUGCGAAAGUGUUCGAGAGCACAAACCGACGGAAUAUUUUGUACAGUUGGACAAAAAGCGAGGACACAAGCGCAUGCAACAUGAACAGUUAAGGUUCACAAGAGACCGGUGUAAUACUAUGCAACUAUGGAAAGUGUAUUUAUGUCUAUGAGAGCAAUAGUAUACCGACUGUAACUCUAAUCAACAUUUGUUUGUAUUAAAAUAAAGCGAUA